GUCUGGAUAUAUCGAGUCUUUUCCCUCCUCCGCCUCACUCGGCAGCAGCCAAUACCCACUGGCUGGACUUCUGGACUCAGGAACGAUACGAUACAAACUUCCUUCCUUGCCUACCUACUUAUUCACUUACACUUGACCUCCUUUCCCAUCUUUGGUCCUUUUUGCUUCCUGGACCCAUCUCUUUCCUGUUCGACCAACAUAUCCACCCACGCGUGGCUCAUCGGAGAUGACCCCCCUCUGCUACUGAUCAUAUAUCCCGCCUCGUACCGACAUCCCACCACAUCGAUCGAAUUCACGCCUGUCUUCCCAUCCUGGUGGAGGAAAGCGAAUGCCACAGUGAAUGGAACACGGCAGUCAGGAACCCGUCACUUCACCGCAACCUCUAAACAACGCCCGGCCCAUCAUAUAUCCUUUGUUUCCUCAACCUUUCCUGCCUCUGCCUCUCCCCUCCUCGCCUUUCUUGACGACGCCAGCCAGAAUCGGUCCCACAUGUCUUCCGUCGCCGUGCCCUCGAGCUCACGCCCGUUUCUUCCAUCCCCAACAGACCCUGCCGCCUAUCCGUAUUCUCGCAGCCAUACUCAGCAGCGCGUGGAUGCCCCCAAAUUUCCCCGUGGUUUAGUCGUCCGCGAAACUGGCCUCUACACGGGUGGCCUUCGAACGCCGCCUGCCGAGAACAUGAUGAGCGCCACGUACCACAACCCAGUCUUGUCGAGCACGUACGAGAGCCAUGUUGCCCUGGCGAGACAACCGACUACAUUGGCUCAAGCCGGCCGCGCGGGAGGCAUGCUCUGCGAGGCCGUCGCGAACCCGGCGUUUUCGAGGGCCCAGCAACCGCAGCUUCAUCCGCAGUACCAGCACGCACAUUCCACGCAAACGCUCGCCUCCCUACCGCAACCGCAACCGCACUCGCAACCGAAUUCUUCGUCGUCCAGACCCUCCACGAGACCCACAACCCCCGCGUCUACGGGCACCCUCAGCGUACACUCGGAGGGUACCAUAUCGAGAAAGGAUUCGAUGAUGGUGACACACAGUCUACAGUUGCCUGCGUGUAUCAAUCUUAACGGUGGCAGCUUGGACGAUUUUGCCGCUCUGAUGACAUGCUUCUUCUGGUUCGAGACCAUGGACACGAUACAGAAUGCCGAGCACGUCAGGGAGCGACCGAUUUCCGACCCAAUUCCACCUCUGUCUAAAUAUACCGAUCCCUGCCCCGCGUACAAGCAAUGGGUUAACAAGGUCCUGUCAACUACUCAGGUGACACAGAACGUAGUCCUCUUGGCUUUGCUAUUCGUCUACCGACUGAAGAAAGCGAACCCUAAGGUCCACGGCAACCCAGGCAGCGAGUAUCGGCUCUUGACGGUGGCCCUAAUGCUGGGGAAUAAGUUCCUCGACGAUAAUACUUACACGAACAAGACGUGGGCCGAGGUUUCGUACAUCUCGGUCAAGGAGAUCCACGUCAUGGAGGUGGAAUUCUUGAGCAACAUGAGAUACGGGCUGCUAACGUCCAAGGAGGAGUGGGGGGACUGGCUCACGAAGCUGUCCUGCUUCUACGAGUAUUGCGAGAGGGCCAAGUUGGAGGAGAGACGUCGCCACGCCGCCCCGUCUAUGCCAAUGCGCGUGCCAUCGCCGACGCACGGGAGAUAUACCUCGCCGCUACCAUCGCCCACCAGCAUGCUACCCUCUGCUUACCAGGGCCCACCCUCAUCCCUCGCCGCUGCCUAUUCUCCCAACUCGGCAAUCCAUGCUCAAAACUGGAGCACUUACCAUCUAGCCCCGUCGGUUUCGCCCCUGGCGACCAAACCUAGCCUCGGCCAUCCUUUGGUGCGAAAGCGGAGCCUAGAAGAUCGGGAGUUAGCCGAGCCAGAAGCGAAGAGGCUUCCCCGGCAGCCCUUGAUUGCGCGGGUGUCGUCACGACCAGCACCCUCAGGUCCCGAGCCGGUUCGUCUGCCGGCGCCCCAUCUGACACUCGACACCAGCCAGACUGUUGCUGCUCCGGCCUAUCCACCGACGACAUACGCUACGCAACCGGCGGUAUCGUUGCCCCCCCUGGGACACGGAACCAGAGCGAUGUCAACUGUAUACUCGACCACCGCGACGAGUCGGAUGCCGCAAGGCGCGAUGCUAGCCACCUGCGGGCCGCCGCCACCAUCCUAUGUCAUGGCGGGUAGUUACGGCACGCCGACGAAGAGACACAGCCCGACGAGCCUGGCGCCGUUCGGGUCCUCGCCGCUAGCGGAAGCGUACGGCAUCCACACUCCCAUCUCGAAUUCCCCAUCAGUGUAUCUUCAACAACGAGCCAGUCCCUACAAACCCGUGCGUCGGGUAAACACCCUCCUGAACCCGCCCCCGUCGAUUCCGCUCUCGGAGUACCACCUCGGCUCAAACCAAAUGCAUUACCAGCCUAUCGGUCGGAGGCACGACCUUCGAUCUGGCAUCGUCCCGGAAUUCAUGACGGAAUACGCGAACCCGCGCUCUCAGAAUCAUCUUUACUAAUCGAAAUCCCCCCUG